UUCUGUUUUCCGCGCCUCGCCAGCCUCGCCCAGCCGCCCAGCCUUCCGUCUUUGCUUCGGUCGCCUAAAGAAAGAGCAACCACAGUCCCACAGUGUUUUCCAACGAUGCCUAAGCAAUCCGCGAACGAAGGAAGGAUUGUCUACACGAGGGAGGAGCGCGAUCUCCUCCGAGCACUUGUUCAAAAAUACUGGAAAGUUAUAGAAGAUAAAAGAACUAACAACUCCUCGAAAGAGGCUAAACUUGAAGCAUGGGAAAAACUCUGCACUGAGUAUAACUGCCAGCCGAAUGUCCGUCCAAGGGACGUUAAACAACUAAAAAAGUGUUGGGAUAACGCUAAAUCCAGAUGGAAAAAAAGUGACUCGGAGGAGAAGCGCGACAUCCACGCAACAGGAGGGGGCCCCCGUACCUGCCGGCCCAUGAGCCCUUCCCUCCAGCUUGUGGGGGCACUGGCGUCCCACAUGGCGACACGGCUGGGAAACCCGCACGACAGCGACUGUGCCCAUGCUGACCAGCCGGUGCUGUCACUGCCGCCGGCUGCCAUGCUGGAAGCAAUGGUUGACCAGCGCGCCAACUUGGACAUGAUGCCGGAUUCUCCUGCCUUGCCCGCUUCGCCUGCAUCGCCACCACUGGACUGGGGUGACAGCAUGGAGCCGGCAUUUGCUGCAUCGCCACCCAGGCCCCCAAACCCUCCGUCUCCUCAACCGACCCGUGUGGCCCCCCGAGCGAAACCGGCUGUAGGCCGCGUCGCAGCUUUUGAGGCGAUGUUGGCUCCAGAAACGAAUGCCCGUGUGGCCGCCCUGGAGAGGGAGGAGCUGCGCAAGGAGGAGCUGCACCAGUUGCAGGUGCAGCUGCUUCGUGGCCAGCAGCAGCGUAUCGAGCUGGAACUUGAGCUGCUCCAGCUCGACAAGCGAAUUAAGCUGCAACAGCUGCUUGCUCUCGAAGCAAAAACACAAGAUUAGGUGGAUUUUUUUUAGCGUUGCAUUUUAGUUUAUUACAUUAAGUUUCACUUUCUUUUUGUGUAUGGUUGGUUUUUUAAAGGGUAUUAAUUCGUUCAUUUUGUCCCUGUUUAGUAAAGUCUUCUUUCUUUUUUCCUUUUUUUAAC